UAACGUGCACAAGAUGAGGAGGAGAGGAGAAUAAACCGACCGGAAUAGAGAUGCAGCCUCGCGGACUGAUGAACGGCUAAACGGCUGUGUCAGCUGGUGUUGUCCUUACCGGGAGAAUCUAACGUUUACAUCACGAGUCCGUCCGUUGACAGACACACGGAAGGAAUCUUGCGCUGUGAAGGGAAUGAUUUCGCCUUCUGACUCCUCUCUCCCCGCGGUCGGUAGAGAAGAGGGGAACUGCAUCCAGUCACGACCAACCAUGGAGCCGGUUACAGUUCAACGGGACUGUUGUUUGUUUGAUUGAUUGGAGCUGAAACUCCGAUCUACUGAACCGACAUUAGACCGGCAGGGUUCGAGAGAAGAGCAUUUUAGACUGAAUAGUCUACAUGGCUCAUGGGACUAUUCGGUUUAACGGUUUUUAAUUAACGUGGUUUUAAUUUUUGGGGACCAAUCUGUUCCCUCGUGUAUCCUCGAUUUCAGCUGAAUCGGUAACGCGCGCAUCGUGUUAUUUAUGUAAUAUAGAGGAUAUUUAUGAACCUCCCCUGCGCGUGCCUCUCCCGGGUUUGUAAGGUGCUAUCUUGGUGAGCUGAGCUGAGCUCGCGGGGCUCCGGUAAGGCUCCGGUAGGCGGGAUGUUUGUGUCGGUGUGGUACGCUAAGAAGAUGGGCCGCCGGUUUAUUCAAAACGUCAGGAAGGCCAAGAAACAACGACAGCGGAUGAUGAUGAAUGGAUCAGAGGGAGAGGUGGAGUAUGAAGAGAUGACACUAGAGAGGGGUAACUCUGGUCUAGGAUUCAGUAUAGCAGGUGGAACAGACAACCCCCACGUUGGAGACGACCCGUCUAUCUUCAUCACCAAGAUCAUCCCUGGAGGAGCUGCCGCACAGGACGGGAGGCUCAGGGUUAAUGACAGUGUGAUACUAGUAAAUGAUGUUGACGUUCGUGAGGUGACACACAGCUUGGCUGUGGAAGCUCUAAAGGAGGCGGGGCCAGUUGUUCGUCUCUACGUCCUCCGGAGGAAGCCACCCAUGGAGACCGUCACACAACUCAAACUCAUCAAAGGACCUAAAGGUUUGGGGUUCAGUAUAGCAGGUGGACUAGGGAACCAGCAUGUACCAGGUGACAACAGUAUAUAUGUGACUAAGAUCAUCGAGGGAGGAGCGGCCUGUAAAGAUGGACACCUACAGAUAGGCGAUAAGAUACUGGCUGUGAACCAGGUGUGUUUAGAAGAUGUGAUGCAUGAAGACGCAGUAUCAGCUCUGAAGAACACAGCCGAGGUGGUCUACCUGAGAGUAGCCAAACCUUCACAUCUCUACACACCUGACCAGUACAGUCCCCCUGACCUCACCUCGUACAUGGACCCAGACGUGGGCCCUAACUACCUAGAUUACCCACAAUCCUCUCUGCCGCCGCCCUCGCCACGACGCUACUCACCCAUACCGCAUGGCAUGAUGGGAGAAGACGACAUCCCCAGUAGAGAGGCCAGGCGGGUGUGUAUCCACCGAGGGUCGACUGGUCUGGGGUUUAACAUCGUUGGGGGAGAAGACGGAGAGGGAAUCUUUAUCUCCUUCAUCCUGGCUGGAGGACCGGCUGAUCUCUCAGGAGAGCUACGCAAGGGAGACCAAAUCAUCAGCGUGAACGGUGUGGAUCUCAGACAUGCGACUCAUGAACAGGCUGCAGCAGCUCUGAAGAAUGCUGGACAGACUGUUACUAUCAUCGCUCAGUACAGACCUGAGGAAUACAGCAGGUUUGAGGCUAAGAUUCACGACCUGAGAGAACAGAUGAUGAACAGUAGCAUGAGCUCUGGGACCCUCCGAGCCAACAGGACCUUCUAUGUCAGGGCCCUGUUUGACUAUGAUAAAACAGCAGACUGUGGGCUGUUGAGCCAGGCAUUGGGCUUUAACUUCGGGGAGGUGCUCCAUGUGACUGACUGUAGUGAUGAAGAGUGGUGGACUGCUAGGAGACUGGGACAACAGGGACAACUGGAAGAACUAGGGUAUAUACCUAGCAAACACAGGGUGGAGAGGAAGGAGUGGUCUCGUAUGAAGAAUAAGGACCGCAGCAGCUUUGUUCAGAGCUAUGAAACUGUUACACAGAUAGAAGUCCACUAUGUGAGGCCUAUCAUUAUACUGGGUCCUACUAAAGACAGAGUGAAUGAUGAUCUUCUCUCUGAGUUUCCUGACAAGUUUGGUUCCUGUGUUCCACACACGACGCGGCCUCAGAGGGAGUAUGAGGUGGAUGGGCGGGACUACCACUUUGUGUCGUCAAGGGAACAGAUGGAGAAGGACAUCCAAUCACAUCACUUCAUAGAGGCGGGUCAAUACAACAGUCACCUGUAUGGAACCAGCGUUCAGAGUGUCCGCAUGGUCGCAGAGCAGAUGGGGAAACACUGUAUCUUAGAUGUAUCAGCUAAUGCAGUGAGGAGACUACAGGCAGCUCAGCUUCAUCCUAUUGCUGUCUUCAUCAGACCAAGAUCACUGGAAAAUAUACUUGACCUGAACAAGCGUCUGACAGAGGACCAGGCCAGGAAGGCUCUGGACAGAGCUGUCAAACUGGAACAAGACUUUAUAGAAUGCUUCUCAGCUAUUGUGGAAGGGGAGAGUUUUGAAGAGGUUUAUCACAUGGUGAAGACUGUGAUCGAAGAGCAGAGUGGACCCUACAUAUGGAUACAAUCAAGAGAAAGACUAUAAAAGAGAGGAGCAGAGGAGAGGAGAGGAGCCUAUAUAUGGACACCAUCUAGGGAAACACUAUAGAGGAGAUUAGAGGAGAGUUGAGGAGAUGAGAAGAGAGGAGAGGAGAGAUUAGGAGAGAAGAGAGAGAGUUGA